CUUCAACCCCAGUUUCUCCUGCCCAAAGUUGAGUUCGUUAGAUCCUUGAUGUGGAUGUAUCGAUUUUUACUUAAUCGGCUGGCAAGAAGGAUGGGCAGGCGUGUCGGGGCAGGUAGUACCUUCUUUCCUCCUAGAUAUUUAUCAAGUGCUUCGGAAGGAGAAGCCGAGUCCUCAAGUUGAAGACCAAUUGCAUGGCACAAGGCGCGCAUGACUUUAUCUCUGUGAAUUACAACCCAAAUCCGAUCAAACCUUUUUCUCAUUUAAUCUGCAGAGUACCUAUGCAGUCUUCCAUUUUUAAGUUCUAUCAUGGCUGGUCCCCCGACUCCAGUGUCCGCGUGCCCACUCAUUUACUUAGAGAUCCGCGAUGGAGCGUCCGCCAAAGCUUACAACUCUUCCCACCCACACAAUGCCUUCACUUUGACAAUCGAAGGCGAAAGGCCGAUCGGAUCAGAGAUGGGAAUCUUGGUUCUUUUGAUUCAUAAAGGGAAACAACAAGUGGUUUCCCUUCGCCUCAGCGAAAUAAAAGGAGGAUCACCGUCCUCUGCAGACAUCAUCAGCAUCAACAAGCAAACUAAUCGAAUCUGUGUAUCUGUACCCAAGAAGCCUCAAGCGCUCCUCGCGCAGUUCGAGGAAAAGAGAGAUUUCAGUGUUGCUGUAUGCUUGCUGCAGAGGGCUGGGUUCUUCGCCAGCGAGGCAAUACCAGCAUCUCUUCUAACAGUUCCUCCUCAGCCUGUAUCUCAAACACACGAUGCCAUGUUUGACAUAAGGCCACGACUCUCUUCAAUCACGCCGCCGACUCUAUUGCCUCCGAAUGAUUUCCAAGGAACUGGUGCUCCACCUGACUUCUCGUUCACCACAAUGUUGAACGCUCCUUUUCACCCUUCGCCAUUUUCGACUGUCCCGACCUCGCACAUUGAACAGACACAAAGAGCGCAGUCAAUGCCUAUACAAAGCUAUUUUCCAGGGACUCAAAUGCGGCAUACAAGUCCAGUGACGGCACAGCUCAACCCAUACCACAUGUUCCUUGAAAGAGACGGCACACGCUCACAUAUACCUCGCGUUGGAUCACCUCUGAGGUACUCCUUUAACUCGAGUCCGCCUCCGACACAGUCACCCAUUGGUGGGGCCGACAUGGCGAUGCCUCUGAAUGUGUCCACCACAGGCUCCGAUGCUCAGAGUCUCUCAGUUCGUGAAAGUUCUAAAGUCGGCUCUUUGGAAUGUCACCCGGACGUUGCUACCGAGAGCUGUAAUACGCACGCAGGCUUGAAAAAAGACCUUUCGCCCGAACCGUACCGUCGACAGCCGCUGCACGACCAGGACUUUCGCAAACUGAUGCCUCGGCCCAGACAGUUGCCAUUUGAUUCACGCGCAAAGACCGCCGCGCCAUACAAGAAGCCUGAGGCGCAUGUAGGUAUACGAUCAGGGCUUGAGAAAUCCUCCGACUCUAGAAAACCCUGGGGAUCUCCUAGCCAAUCUUUAAGGACAGAUUCAACCAAUUCAGGGAAAAGCCAAAGCACUAAAGCCACGUACAACACGACAAAUAAGAGGCUAAAUCAGACGAGUCACAGAGUUCUUGCGUCGGAAAACACUGAUAAUUAUUCUAGUGCAACUAGCAGUUUUGAAGACCAUCCUCCCGGUUCUAAUUCGGUAGGCAUGUUUGCGAGUGUGAAAACAAAAGAUGAUAUGUACAAGGAUGCCGAAUGUCAGACAACCCUCCCAAAAAGCCCGGAAGCUUCAACUAGCUCGCAGAGGUCCUCAUAUUCAAGACAAGAAACCUCGGGCGUGGAGGUCAUACCAUGGGUUAUGCUUACUGACUACAACACGUUGAAGGAUUUGAAUCAAGCAACAGCCCCGUUGUUUGAACAGUUCGAACAGGAUAUAGCCAGGGGCGGUGACGCAGCUUUGCUUGCACAGUUCUAUUCAAAGCAACUAUGGGCAAGACGUAGAGACUUCUGGUAUAAAAAGCGUCAAGUCAUGGUCGGCGGGGAGUGACGACUGAUUGGCGAGUUACCUGCCAUAUGAAGGGAUAGUUAGAGGUUAAAGGAAGGAAACUCAGACAUUUGACUUUAUUACGGGAAUUUAAGUGCUUGUAGGCAAUUAACGUAUUGCUGAGACUGA